AUGGUAGCGGAGGAUACCGCACAGACACGAGGAGUGGGUACCAUCUCCACUCUACUCAGCAACGAGGGGAUGUUGCUUCCUCGAGAUUUUAUUCGCAAAACCCUUUCAACAUAUGCCCCAGAUGGAUUAUCUCAUCGAUUCCCCGGUGCAAAUCGAGUUCGAAGGUCAGCUCUUGUUGCAAUUGGUCCUAAUCACCAACAUCAUGCCGAUGGCCACGAAAAACUGAACGCGCAGGCCUUGGGUAUGGGUGGAGUUGGUCUUAAUAUCUACGGUAUAAAGGAUCAGUGGAGUUCCUUUCUCCUUCAUCUUGUCGUUCUUCCCAACAAUCGGCUUGCCUCCACUAUUGGACAUGUCUAUCUGGACUGUGUAAAGAAAUACGGGGCGGUUUGUAUUACUUUCAUCGUGGAUAAAGGCUCAGAGACUGGCUACAUUUAUGCCCAUCAAACUGGGCUCAGGGAGACCUAUGCUCCUGAUAUCGACAGCGACCAGUUUCCUCCAGCCCAACAUGUCCGAAGUGUUCAUAACACGCCGAUCGAGGGGUUAUGGCAUUGGUUUGUCACCUUGUUUGGCAUUGACAUCAAGGAAGUCAUCCAACAAGGGAAAGUCACCGGCGUAUAUAAUCCUGGCAAUCCUAUUCACCCACAGCUAUUUAACUGGAUCUGGCCGCAAAUUCUUCAACAUCAGCUCGACAAGUUUGUUGAAUAUUGGAACAAUCACAAAAUAUGGUACCAGAGCACAAAACCAAACAUGUCGGGCCAGACACCUCGGCAUGUGUUCAUGGUUCCUCAAGCACCUGCCGAGGACUGCUGCAUUGAGGUACCUCAAGACGCCGUUGAUGCCCUUUGUAACACAAUCCCGGUCUCCCGUGAUGAAGCAAUGCGGUGGGUUGAUCCAUCCUUCGAGGAAGCGGCGAGGCGGGCAUAUAUAACAAUCGGUAGCCCUUCUCUCUCCAAUAUGAGUACAGGCUGGUCUAUUUUCAGCGCUAUGGCAGCAGUAAUUACUUUGUAA